AGAACUCGAGGCCCGCAUGGGGAGGUGAUCUGUGCGAGCUCGUGCAGCAAAUUAGUGCCAGAGGUGGGGCUUGAACCCAGGUCUCUGACCCUUCCUCCAGUGCUCUUUCUGCUCUACCAGGCUGUAUGUGUAUUUGUGGUAUUUAAAUAUGUGCACAUAUGGAGAGAAAGAGACCCUCUAAUCUCCUCUAUCUCACAAACUGCACCAGGGAGCGCUGCCGAGUGGGACCAGAGAGCUAAGAGGCGUUAUCUGUCGUUCUCCUCUGCUAGAUUGCUAUCUUCUGUGCUGCAGUGUCCCUGCCCUGCUGGAAAUGAUGAAACAUUUGCCACUGACCUCCAGCGGCCGAGAAGAUUCCAGGUAGGGCUGGGAGAGGCGGCAGGGAGAGGUUUCCACCAGGACAUCACUGAAGCAAGGUGGGACCCGACCUUGCUGAUGGUCCUGGGAUGCAUCCUAACCACCUGGGAUGAGGCCUUGCCAUGGUGAACAGAGCUGAAGGAAGUCCAGAGAAGAUUUCCCUGAAACCCAGGACAAAGGUCUUCUGGAGGAACCUGCUGGAGGCACUAACUGGAGACCAGGCUCCCGGGGUGGUUCCUUCUAGGUCCCUUCCCGCUGCCCCUGGAAGAGCCUAAGCCCCCUUCACACGACCUGAAACUGCCCAGAGAGAAGCUCAACAUGCUGACCAAAAACAUGGAGGUCUGGCAUGGCUUAGUGAUUGCAGCAGUGUCCAUCUUCCUACAGACCUGCCUCCUCACAGCCAUCAAUUACCUGCUCAGCAGGCACACAGCCAAGGAAAAUGAGCGAUUACUGAAAGCAGCCAAGCUCCCGGCCCCUCCGCUCAGCCCUGACCACCAUCACCCACCUGCUGCCAAGGAGAUGAAGGGAACUCUGGCAGAGAGACGUACCCCUGUGUCUGAUCUCCAUGACAGGCAUGACAGUGACACAUCCUCAGACAGCUCGGACAGCUCGGACAGCUCGCCUUCCACCUACCAGGCUCCCAAGGAUAUAAAUUACGCACAAGUGGAUUUUUCAGUGCCCAGAGACCUGAAAAAUGAAUUCGCCCUGGACUAUGAGAAUUUAAAGGAAGGCACAGAUUAUGUCAAUGUCAAUCCGAAAGGCCACAAGACCAAUUUCUGGGCUUUUGUGAACCCUGCUGCCUCUCAGCCGGUGGAAUACACUCAAGUGAACGUGUAAAUUCUAGGUUUUCAAAUAGGGUCCAUUUCUGCAUGAACGCUUGCGCUUAUUUGUAGGAGAGGGUUCCAAUUUCUUUUAGCAAGGCAUAGUGGGGAGACAGGCCUAUACUCCAGCAACAAGGAUUCAGAUCAAAUGCUAGGAAGAACUUCCAGGUAAUGAAAACAUUCAAGCACUUUAGUAGAGAAAGCGAAGUCCCUCUCCAUAAAAAGUGAAACAAACAAAAAAAAACGUGAAUCAGUAGGAAAAGCUGGAGUCGAGUUCAGCUUAGCAAUCUUAUAGUUAAUGGCUUCUCUUUGAGCUCUUUAGUUACUGACAACAAACAACUUCCUUAAAAGUUUUAAAUAAAACGGCCAUCACCAGUUCCUCUUUUGCUCUGGCCUAACCCUGUGUGUUGUCCCUUUCUUCAGUGUGAUAUCUUGCUGAGUAGUCCCGGUCCACCCUCAGAACUUUAAACAGUCCAUUUAGAGAACCCACUAUCAAUCAACCCUUGAAACGGCUGUUUCUUAUGAGCGAAGGUGACAAAUAGAGUCCUGGUAAAUACCAACCAGCAUCACAAUCGGUUAUGCCAAGAAAAAUCUUCCAGAAUUCAAUCCAAUAAAAUCCAAUACCCAUUACUAGUUUUUUAACCAAUUAGGAAUAGAAGGAUACUUUCUUAGCUUGGUUAAGAAUUGCUAUCUCAAAUCAGCCGACAGCAUGUUAUUUAACUGUAAGACCCUAGACACAGUCUUAUUAAAUCAGGAACGAAGUAAGAAUGACUGCAAACCUGCCAUCUCCUUUAUUAUAUAACAUUGCUCUAGAAGCUCUAAUUAGUGCAAUAAAACAGCAAAAACAAGAGUUGUUAACUAUUGGAAAAGUCCCUGGGUGGCACAAACAAUUUGCACUCAACUGCAAACCUAAAAGUUGACGCUUUGAACUCACCCAGUGGUGCUUAGGAAAAAAAGGUCUGGUGAUCUGCUUCCAUAAAUGUCACAGCCAAGAAAA